CCUGGCCGCCCGCCGGGCACCACGCGUUACUUCCCUGCCGUCCGCGGCGGGGCUCUGGGUCUCCUCCCGGAGUCGGGGAGGAGCAGAGCCGAGCAGGCCCAGCGCGCAGCGGGCGGACAGGCGAGGGCGGGGCGCCCGCCGGGGAGAGCGGAGGGCAGCCCGGGCCGCAGAGCGGGGCGGGGGUCGCUGCGGGUCCCCAGUAGCCAGCGCCCGCCGGGAGGAGGCCGCAGACGGAGGGAGCCGCCGGGCGGGAGCGGGAAGGGGCGCGAGAGGACCGGCGUCGGGCCCCCGUGCCGGCGCCAUGAGGCCGCUGCUCGCCCUGCUGCUCCUGCGCCUGGCGGCCGGCUCGGCCCCGCCCGACGACAACAAGAUCCCCAGCCUGUGCCCGGGGCACCCCGGCCUCCCCGGCUCCCCGGGCCACCACGGCGCCCAGGGCCUGCCCGGCCGCGACGGCAGGGACGGCAGGGACGGCGCGCCCGGGGCGCCCGGAGAGAAAGGCGAGGGCGGGCUGCCGGGAGCGCCGGGGCCGCGCGGGGAGCCCGGGCCGCGCGGAGAGGCGGGUCCCGCGGGUGCGGCGGGGCCGGCGGGGGAGUGCGCGGUGCCCCCGCGCUCCGCCUUCAGCGCCAAACGCACGGAGAGCCGGGAGCCGCCGCCGCCCGACGCGCCGCUGCCCUUCGAGCGGGUGCUGCUGAACGAGCAGGGCCACUACGACGCGGCGUCGGGCAAGUUCACCUGCCGCGUGCCCGGCGUCUACUACUUCGCGGUGCACGCCACCGUCUACCGCGCCAGCCUGCACUUCGACCUGGUCAAGAACGGCGAGUCGGUGGCCUCCUUCUUCCAGUUCUUCGGGGGGUGGCCCAAGCCCGCCUCGCUGUCGGGCGGCGCCAUGGUGAGGCUGGAGCCCGAGGACCAGGUGUGGGUGCAGGUCGGGGUGGGCGACUACGUCGGCAUCUACGCCAGCGUCAAGACGGACAGCACCUUCUCCGGGUUCCUGGUGUAUUCCGACUGGCACGGCUCCCCCGUCUUCGCUUGAUGUCCGCGGGCAGUGCGCCUGCUGCUCCCACGCCCAGGGGCGGGGUGUCGCCACGUCCUCCGGGAAGGCCGGCCCCCACUAUGCUGUGAAUGACGAGGGGUGCCUGGGGCGCGCCCGCUGCUGGCAGGGGUGGGGACAGGCUGUCUGAGUCAGGGCCUCGGCGUCGGCACCGGUGGUUCUGCCCAAGACCCAGGGAGCGCGCUGAGCUGGCAGGUGGGGUGCUCUCUCCUUGGGACUCUGCUUCUCUUCUCCCUGCCCCCUUCCGCUUCUGGCCCUUUCCGUGGAGGCCAUUCAAUAAAUCUACAAACCCCUCCUG